AUGAGCGCACCAGAACGUUCCAGAGUCGAAAUUGGCGCCAUUGAAGGCCGCGCGCGCAAUCUCCGAGGAAGGCAGCAGGAAUUGCGAUCAUUGUUCGCCCAUCUCACUGCCCACUCGGACAAGUUCGUGCAGGCAAUCCGCACCGAAGAAGCAUGUCUCCUUCACGAGGCUGAAGUUGCCGUGGCAGCAAUGCUUCUUGAUCUUCGCAAACACUACGAACGGCUGGAUCUGAAGACAGAGCUGGCCACCGAGUACAAGUCGAAAAGGGGACAGAGUUGCCCAGAACGCCGCGUUGCAGCCCGCAUCGUGUACAUAAUUCCAGAAACGGCUUUUCUCGCCUUCAGCGUAUUCAGUGCAUUGUGUGCGGCAAUCGAGGCGGGCUCCUGCUGCGUCGUCGAACUGCCAACCACCGCGCAGAAGUCCGCUCAACUUGUCCGCCAGGCUAUCACGGAAUCACUAGACAAGGAGACCUUCGCAGUCGUGUCAAGGAGAGCCCCGCCCGACUUUCUAGCCCGCUGCCUUGUCGUGGACCAGCUCGGGCGACUCGGCAGCACCGACGAUGUCCUCGGUCGCGUUGUGUCUGCCCCAGCAGCGCGCGCGGUUGCGUUGGUCGAUCGCACCGCAGAUGCAAAAUUGGCUGCAAGGGAAGUGGUGGCCUCGCGACUGGCUUUCGGCGGUAGGAGUCACUGUGCGGUGGACCAGGUGUUUGUUAAUGAGUUCGUGGCCGAUGACUUCCUCGACGCAGUGGCUCACGAACUGUCGCAGUAUGAGCAGGCUCGUGUGCUGGAUAGCAAGGCAGUAGAGAAAAAUAGAAUGAGCCAAUCGCGCAGAUCAGCCAGGAUGGAGAAGACUUCAGAAAUGCAAGAUGCUGAGAAUGGCGUAAACCAGGGCACCUGCAAGUCUGUCUGGAGAGGUCAACUGGGCCUGGCGGUGGAAGUGGUCGACCGAUCAAGUCGUCUUUUGAAAUGCAAAACACGGGCACCUCUUAUUGCAAUCCACAGGGUCACCAGUCUCGACGAUGCCAUUGACCUGUGCGCCACGGAAGAAGAGGAACUUGGCCCAAUCUACGUCUUUGCUGCUGGCCCAGAGGCAAACUACCUCUCCAAGUUCGUUGAAAGCACAGCGGCAUUUUUGAACCAUAUACCAGCCCAGCUUCUGAUUGGGCCGUCGUUUCCUGUGGGAUAUCCGGUGCAGCUUGACCUCCGUUUCACACGAGACAUGUUCGAGCAUCCCAGCCCGGAGAUUGCACCCGGCGAGCGAUUCCAUGCUAUCUCGUGGACUCUUUUCUACGGGGAAUCACCCGUCGGGGCCAAAAUGCUGGCGACCAUGUCGAAGCCGCUCAACCCGACGGGGCAGGCACCAGCAGGCGCUUGGGGCUUUUUUGACCAGGGUAUUAUCCUGGGCGCGGUCGUCUAUCUGCUACCGUUGGUUGCUGCUUCUGUAGCAGGGACUGCCUACAUGGGGGUUUUGGGGUAUCGAUAUCUUACAUAG